AAACAAAGCCAUUACGGAAAAAGGCGUGGUUUAAACGAGAUACAAGCUUGUCGGUUUUGUGAAUAAUUCGCUUUACUUUUUAAAGUUGUAGGAUAAAGAAAUACUUUGUUUAACUGAAAAAAUGAAUUAUCAAGGGCAAGGCUAUGGAGCUCCCGCCGGCGGAUUUCCAGGAGGGUUUCCAGGAGGAUUCCCAGGCCAGCAGCAGGACCCACUCUUUGGAUAUUUCACUUCUAUUGCUGGCCAGGAUGGGCAAAUAUCUGCUGAGGAGCUCCAGACCUGUUUGACACAGGCCAACUUCUCUGGAGGCUACAAACCUUUCAACUUGGAGACCUGCAGGUUGAUGAUCGCCAUGCUUGACCGUGAUAUGUCAGGCACCAUGGGCUUUGCAGAGUUUAAGGAGCUGUGGGCGGUGCUUAACGGCUGGAAACAGCACUUCAUGUCUAUCGACAAAGACAUGAGUGGGACAGUGGACCCACAGGAAAUGAACCAAGCUGUUACCUCCAUGGGUUACAGGUUAAGUCCUCAAACCAUGAACUGUAUCGUGAAGCGCCACAGCACCCAGGGAAAGAUCAAUUUUGAUGAUUAUGUUGCCUGCUGUGUCAAACUGAGAAGCCUGACUGAUAUAUUCCGCAGGAGAGACCAGGGACAAAAUGGAACUGCUAUGUUUCAGUAUGACGAUUUCAUCCAGUGCACUAUGAGCACCUGAGGGAAAUCUCUGGAACAAGGAAAAUCUGAUAUAUUUCAGCAUCACUGUUUGUCAUGAGCUUUUUUUUUAUACAAGUGCUUCUUUUUUAAACAUCUGCCCUAACUAAUAACAAACGAAACAACUAUUAUGUUUAACGGUUAUGCGCAUGUUUAUAAGGUUAAUACUUUUUGGAAUUUGAUUUGUUAAAUAAUUAAAUAUAUAUUAAAGGACCAAACCACUUAUAAAUGAACUGUGUAACCCAAAGCUUGUAUUCAAUGAUAAAAAAAAAAAAUCACAUCUUUGCUAUUGAUGGAUUUGUUUAUUGUAUGGAUGAGUUGGGGAAAAUAGUGCAGCUAGUGCUAUUAACCUGGGUUGCCAGUAAAUUUCCACCACAACUAGACAUCUCAGAUAUAUAAAACUAAUUUCAGACAUUGCAUGAGAAACGUAAGACCACUGUGGUGUACAUGUACUUCUGAUCAAAAUUAAACACUUGAUAAUCCCA